AUGAAUAUUUCCAUUGAAAAAAAAAGAGCUGAUUGUUCAGCUUUGCCAAAAGGUUGGCAAAGAGAAGAAGUACUAAGAAAAACAGGGCUUUCAGCAGGCAAAGUCGAUGUUUACUAUUACAGCCCUACAGGUAAAAAGUUUCGCAGUAAACCAGAGCUAGUUCGUUAUCUGGGUGACAGUAUGGACCUUUCGUGUUUCGACUUUCAACAGGGUCAAAUAAACACAAUGCUCCUGUGCAAGGCCAAGAAAGCUCGAGCCCAGUUUGACUACAGAGGUGUCCGCUCAGAUGCGUCACUGGUGCCACCCAUUCGUCAGACUGCAUCAAUUUUUAAGCAACCAGUAACAGUUUAUAAGACUCAAGAAAGUAAAGUUAAGACAGAUUUGAAGCAAGGGACUCAGGAGAAACCUAAACAAUUGUUUUGGGAAAAAAGACUGGAGAACUUGACAGCUUGUGAUGCAAAUGGAGUUAUUGGGACUACGUCACUACCAAAGUAUAUAAAACCUUUAGGGCCAUUUACAUCUGAUGCAACAACAAUUCAAUCACUAGCUACUGCUCUACAUGUCUCAUCACAACCCAUUACAGGUCAAACUGGUUUGAAGCAAACUAUUAUGGAAAAUCCGGGUGUUUUUCUUAAUCCUGAGCAACCACUUAUUGCUUCUGUAACAAUAACAAAAGAUGAUGUAAGACGUCAAGAAGACAGAGUAAAACGCGCGCGACAGAGGCUCCGGGAAGCACUGGUUGCUGCA